ACGCGACCGUCGUGCGCGCUCCCGGUCUGAAGCUCGAUUGCAGCAGCAGCCGACGAAGCAGCCAGCAGAGCAGCGCGCGGAGCGACAAGACUCAGUCUACCUCCAACAUCACACACUGGAGCAGCGGAAACCUCACGCCCUGUCGGGUCGUGUUAGCGUUAACAGACGGGCUGAGGAUACUCACGGGCAGCAACAAUAGGAUGCAGUGUAGACUUGGCUGGUGACUGGUCUGCAGGCUCUCCACUUCUCUUGUCCCUGGAGUCAGCCAGUUGGGGGGCAGAUUCCUGCGUUCCCCUUCUCUCCGUCUGAGUCUUUUGUCUGGACAAAACCAACUGCCCGCCAUUGGAGUACACAGCUCGUCCUCGCCCGUGUUGCUUGGAUCAGCACAGCUCAUCUCCUGACUGAGGAGAGCGCAGCAGCUGCACAAGAUUCACCUUCUACCAACCGAUCCCUCCCAGCCCCGCCCACACUGCCCCGUCACCAUGGUGCUGUCACAACGGCAACGAGAUGAACUAAAUCGAGCGAUAGCCGAUUAUCUACGUUCCAAUGGAUAUGAAGAAGCAUAUUCCACUUUCAAGAAGGAGGCGGAAUUAGAUAAUAAUGAAGAAUUGGAUAAGAAGUACGCUGGCCUUUUGGAAAAGAAAUGGACCUCAGUCAUCAGAUUACAAAAGAAGGUGAUGGAACUUGAAUCCAAGCUGAAUGAAGCGAAGGAAGAGAUCACUCUGGGUGGGCCCGUAACUCAGAAGCGUGACCCCAAAGAGUGGAUCCCACGCCCACCAGAAAGGUACGCGCUGAGUGGCCACCGCAGUCCAGUCACCCGCGUCAUCUUCCACCCAGUCUUCAGCGUCAUGGUGUCUGCUUCUGAGGACGCGACAAUAAAGGUGUGGGACUACGAGACAGGAGACUUUGAACGCACACUGAAGGGCCACACAGAUUCGGUGCAGGACAUCUCUUUUGACCAGACCGGCAAACUGCUAGCAUCCUGCUCUGCAGACAUGACUAUCAAGCUAUGGGAUUUCCAAGGCUUUGAAUGCAUCAGGACCAUGCAUGGACAUGACCACAAUGUUUCGUCUGUAGCCAUCAUGCCCAAUGGAGAUCACAUUGUUUCUGCCUCAAGGGACAAAACCAUAAAGAUGUGGGAGGUGGCAACUGGCUACUGUGUGAAGACCUUCACAGGCCACAGGGAGUGGGUCCGUAUGGUGCGGCCCAACCAGGACGGCACACUGAUUGCCAGCUGCUCCAACGACCAAACGGUGCGCGUGUGGGUCGUGGCCUCCAAAGACUGCAAGGCUGAGCUGCGGGAGCACGAACAUGUGGUGGAGUGCAUCUCCUGGGCACCAGAGAGCGCCCACCCCACCAUCCAAGAGGCCACAGGCUCCGAGACCAAGAAGAGCGGUAAGCCAGGCCCCUUCCUGCUGUCUGGCUCCAGAGACAAAACCAUCAAGAUGUGGGAUGUUAGCAUUGGCAUGUGCCUUAUGACACUGGUUGGCCAUGACAACUGGGUGCGUGGUCUCCUCUUCCACCCUGGAGGCAAGUUUAUUGUGACCUGUGCAGAUGAUAAGACCUUAAGGAUCUGGGACUACAAGAACAAGCGCUGCCAGAAAACCCUGUGUGCCCACGAACACUUUGUUACCUCUCUGGAUUUCCACAAGGCUGCUCCCUACGUGGUCACUGGGAGUGUAGAUCAAACAGUAAAAGUGUGGGAGUGCCGCUGAUUUGGACCUUGGAGGAUUGGACCACCACCCCCCAACUACUCCGGCGCUCCUCUGGAUCCCUCCUCCCCUCCUGCCAUCCCACCUCCUCUUCCAUCCCACCUCUCCCCUCACCUAACCUCAUCCGCACACCAUCUCCGGCUGCACUUACCACCAUGGUUAUUUACCCAUAACGCUCUCUGGUCCAAUAACUAUUGUCCUUCAAUGUAAAUUAUUCCUGGAUGUAGAUCGAGCUAUUAAAUGUUACACAAAAAAAGUAUUCUUGCAUGGUAAUCCAAAAUUGUAUACUGUAAAUUUACAUAACGUCUAGAAGUACCAUAGGUUUACCACGGGGCUGGCCGUCUGUCACGCAGCCUUACCGACCAACCGAAGGCAGAUGUUUUUGACUGGGUGUAAAAUGUAGGGCACUAAAAACCGAUAAUUUAAGAAAUGACAGUGUCUUUAUGUGUAAGAUUUAUUUUUGUCUAUUUUUUUAUUUAGGAUUUUUUUUUCUGUUAUUUCUCUCCUUCACUGUCGUAGUCUGUUGGUGCCUAGCUUGGUGAAACUUUCAAGAGAUGAGGCAGGAAAAAGCAUAUAUGAUGCGAUAUGAUACGAUUGUCUGUGGGGCUUUGUUAUUGAAAUAAUCUGUAGCUUUAUAACAUCACUUCUCAAGUGUGCAUACCAUUUCUCUUCAUGUGGAACUAGGUAAUAUUUUAAUGGCUGUAUAUACGAAUGUUUCAAACUGUUGUCCUUGGACCUCGGGGGCUUGAAAACAGCUUUGUACUCUUGUCAUGGUGGCACAAGAACCACUGCUAGGCUUUAGAUAAAUUAUCCCAUUUAAUGAAUCUGCAGCGAAGAAUAAAAAGUUAAAAUGUAUAAAAGUGGCUUUGUGAAUAACCGCACUGAGUUCUUCACAAGACGCCCAACGUAAAGAGCAAGUUUGGCUGUCAGUGAGCGCCUUGGGUCACAGUAGCAGAGUUCAGGGAUUACACCUGACUAAUCUUUAGCGCUUGAUAAAGACCGUGGGUGUUUUUUUCCUUUGACCUUGCAUGUGAGACUUUUGUCUGACCAGUCAGUCUCGGCAGGGUUCGGUGUAACAUAGGAAUUAUGUAAAGUCAGAAGAUGCUCAGUUGUCCCAUGGCGCCUCUGAAAGCUACAAACGGAAGCCUUGUGUAAAAUAAACCCGCUGAAGAGAAAACAAAAAGGCAUGACGAGGAGGAGUCAAAGUUAGCCCCCUGGGUUUGAUAUCUGGGAUGUGCAAAGAUCUCUAAUUUCUGAGGGGUGAAAUAUAUGUUCUGCAUAAUAAAAAAUGGUUUUGAGUAAAAAAAAAAAAAAAAAAAAAAUCAGUUUUCUGUGAAAAUAUGAAAUGUAAAUUUAGCUUGUUAUUAAGAGAUUUGGCAAUUUUGUAUUAUCGCACUAGAGGAUGAACUGGAUGGGAAUUUAGGAUUAGUGAGGAAAUGCUAGCAGCAGACAUGCUAAGUGAUCUGUGGAUGCCGUUUUGUCUGUAGAGGGGUCUGACGCUGAGGUGUCCGAGGAAGCCUGAGCAGCGAGGAUCUCUACGGACAAACCCCACAGACCACCUCACACGUAUGCAAACGUCUUCUGAGUGGCUUUCCUCAAAUGUUCAGCUUUUGGUCUUUGUGGAGCUGUAACUGAAAGACUGGAAACUAACUGUAAACCAGUCCGUGCUGUAGACACAACCAUUCCACUCCCCUUGGAGGACAAAAAAAAUGAAACAUCUUGCUUCUAACUGUAGCUGACAAGGUGCUUCAUUAAUCUUGCACAUCCCUGUUUUCACUAAAUCUUUGGUCUUUUAAUGAUGAUCAAAGACAACAUUCAAAUUUAAUGAUGUUGAUAAAUGCAUAAACGUAUAAUUUCUGAUUAGCCUUUUCAUUCCAAUGCAGUUCUUGGCUAAUAAAGAAUUCCACUGCUUAACAUGAUCUUCUUAUCUUCGCUUCUUUGCCACAUUUUCCUCUUCCUGCGUGUACUGGAUGUGGUGAUCUGCUGCUCAAGCUCCUGCUAGUGGCUAUACUGUGAGCCUAAUGUGACCUGUUGAUGUAGCACUGCUGCAUGUAAAACCUGCACCAGAGGCAGAGCUGUCGGAAUAAUGAUACUUUAAAAGCUUAAAUACUGGAUCCUAUCAGAGUUGGUUUGAAUAGUGCAGUGAGAAACUGUCUCUUUGUACUUUUAAGAUACGCUUAUUAGCUCUCUUGCUGAGCGUUGGCUAGAUGAGAAUAUCGAUACUAUAAUAUGUGGACUGUAAAUGUAAAGCUGAUUAGCGUAGCUUAGCAUAAAUACUGAAAACGGGGGAGCCAAUUAGCCUAGCUCUAGAAAAUGAAUGAGCUAAUUAGCCUAGCUCUAGAAAACGAAUGAGCUAAUUAGCCUAGCUCUAGAAAACGGGGGAGCUAGCCUUGCUCUUUGCAACGCUACCAAAAUCACUAACAACACUUAUAACUAUUAUUAUUUUAUCACAUAUUGUUUGUUUAAUCCGCAAAAAAACAGUGUAACAAUAUGCCGACGAUAUGCCGUUUUUUGUCUCCUGCUUCUGCUAUGGGACAGAGUCAGACUAGUCGUUGCAAGGUCGUGGAUAGAAGGAAACCCCCAAAUUGCAAAAACUCACAAGACUCGCUGCCCAAUGACCUAUCCUAACCUUAACCAUUCAAGGUCAAUAUCUAACCUUAACUAUUUGAGUUCAAUGCCUAACCUUGAACAUCCCGCGAGAGUUUCGUAAUUUGCAUGUUACCUUCAAGAAACUACCUUGUUCCGCUGUUUCCAGUCUUUAUGCUAAGCUAAACUAACCGGCUGCUGGGUCCAGCUACAUACAGUAUUUACCUUACAACCAUGAAAGUUUUUAGUUUACUCAUCAAACCUAAAUCUCGGCAAGAAAGCAAACGAGCGUAGGAUGUUUCUCCAAAUAUCAAACUUUUCCUCUGACAUUGCUGUGUCCUUGAUGAGUUCAGGCAGCUCUGUUCAUUGGUUGUAGAAAGGCUGGUUUUGUUGUGUGUGAUGCUCUUUGAAGGAGGUUUACCUCCUCUUCUGUAAAUGCAAUGGGAUUGUGGCAGACUAGGAUGUCCCCAAAGGAGAAACCCUCUCUUUCAGGAAAUAUAAAACUCAUGUCUCCCUUUGGUGUGUGCCCCCCUUACAAAGGUCUUGUUUUUUUUCCCACAAGCUGUUUUCUCUGUCCAAACUUCUGAGGCAAAGAAUCAGCUAAUUUUGUAGUACAAUUUGGCAUGGAUAAUGAAGAUGCCAAUGUGUUAAAUGUUCUAGCUGAAGCCAAAAAUGGAGACAUUUGUCAGUACAAUCUGGUUUAGCUUGAGAAAUCAGCCUCCUUUUGUUGUUGAUAUAAUGACGCUAUAGUCUCCUCAGGAUCACGCUAUGACAUGCCAGACCAUAAAAUGUAAUUAAAAACUUAUUUCCUUCCUUGGUUUUAUUCAAGGAAGGUGAUAAAUGAAAGGUCAGGACGAUGUGUGUUCUGUUCCUUUUGUAAGAAUCGGUGGAAGGAGAUGCAAAAUAGCUGCUGGUGUUGUAGGCAAGUGUGUGCCCUGAUGAAGAAAAUCCCCUUUUGCCAUUCGCAGGUCCCAAGCAAUCCCAGUUCUGCUCUGGUCUGGUGUGUGAAGGGACUGACAGACAAGUGUUGACUGUCUGUUGGUCGUUUCCACGUGUCUGUAACCUGCCUGUGAACCACAUCUGAGGGCCUCAGACUGCACAACAAGCUCCUACAGGAGAGCUCGUGAUGUUUUCACCACUAAGGUCUCACUCUUCACUCAGCAAACUGUUAACAAUAUACCUGGAUGUCAUUAUUGUUUGCGAUAUAAUAAAAGAAGAAAAUUUG